AUUGAUCAGACUUCUUUUACCCCUUUGAAAACGCGCCAGCAAAGUUUCUGAACGAUGGCCGAAGAAGCUGAGAUUUUUGAUUUUGAACAAGCGAAUAAGGAAGAGAUCCUUAUUGAUGAAAAAGCAUUGAAGACACAGUCGCUGCCACCUAUUUUUCUUGGACACCAACAACGUUCGGACAGUGCGGAUGAAGAGGAGUAUGAUAAGUUUGUUCCAACAGAUCCGGCUUUAAUCGAGCAGUACAAGAACAAAUUCCAUAAAAUUUCCUAUACACCUCCGGAGAAUUUCGCUUUGGUAUGCGGAUCAAUAUAUCGCUCUUCGUUCCCGCGAAUUGAGAACUUUGAAUUCAUGUUGAAAUUGAAACUGAAAUCUGUGUUAUGUUUAAUACCUGAAGAAUACCCAUCCGAGAAUAUGGAGUUUUUGAGAGAAAACGAUAUUCAGUUCUUUCAAGUCGGCCUCAGUGGAAAUAAAGAACCGUUUGUUAAGAUUAAACCCGACCAAGUGAACGAGGCAUUAAAGAUCAUUGCUAACCCUAAGCAUCAUCCAAUACUGGUGCAUUGUAACAGGGGAAAACACAGAACAGGAUGUAUAGUAGGAUGCAUUCGAAAACUACAAAAAUGGUCAUUAAGCAUGAUUUUUGACGAGUAUCGACGUUUUGCCUACCCAAAGGAGCGACCGUUAGAUCAACAAUUCAUCGAGAUGUUUGAUGAUUCGCAUAUACAACAAUACGCACAAGACCGCAAUUGGCUUCCUCUAGAAUGGUGAUUUUCUGCAACAUUCACCUCAAUAGAAUCCAAAGAACCGACCACCAUAGAUUACACUAUUAAGGCCAGCCCCUACCAGGAGAAAUUUUGGGUACAGCUUCCAACUCCAUAUGGCACGACGAGAGUUGGCCAAACAGUAAAGAAAGCUCCAGGCACUAAUCAAACCUGAGCCGUUGACCGGAUCAUUAUCGUAGCACAUAAAUCCCCCAAGCCCAAUGAAAGAACCGAAUAACAAUGUGUGAACGCCAUUCGGAUAAGGAGAAAUAGGCUUGGAUGGUUUCAAUAUUGCAGGCAGUAGACGAGAAGUUUGGGCUCGGGAAGCUGCUGCUAAUUGGACUUCAAUUGGUGGCUUGAUGGCAUUGGUGGCCAGCAAUCCUGCAGUGAAUGCCCAAGCUGGGACUGGUGAGUUGGAAAGCUCGUGGAAUUGAGACUUGUUAAGAGACAUUUUGAUAUUUCAAAAAAUCCUAGACAGC